GCAAUCGAACAGGCAGGUGCACGAGAGGUAGCGAGAUAUUAUGCUGAAGAUCUCGAAGACGCAACACCGAUCUCAGUCUCAAACUUCCUCGCUCGUUAGAUCCGGGAAUGGCUCUCUCACCUGCCAUCGAUGAAUCAACCCGAACAAGCAAUGACCACCAUGUUUAGCAAGACCACUCUCAUCUCCAAAAUGCAAAAGAAACGGUCUAGCUUGACAUCACCCCUGUGAAGAUGGUCCAAAAUGCAUCUUGACAUCUCGAUGGAUUUCCCCGGAAGAGAUAAGCACAAGAAACACACAGAGCGGCCAUUGACAAGAAGGCCGACAACAUCUUGAAGCAUACCAGAAAAGCUACGGUUUUGUCAGCAGCGGCAUUAAUUCCCCGAUCUCCCCUCGCGCGUAUCCAAUGGAGCGGCGGAAGAUGAUCGCCGACAUGCUCAGGGCGAGCGCGGCGAGCUCGGCCAUCCACGGCGGCGCGCAGCUCCACGGCGCGCUGCUGAAGCUCGGCUUCGGAUCCGACACCAUGCUGGGCAACAACCUCAUCGACAUGUACGCCAAGUGCGGGGAGCUUCGCAUGGCAGGCGAGGUGUUCGGCGGAAUGCCUGAGAGGAACGUGGUGUCGUGGACGGCCCUCAUGGUGGGCUUCCUGCGGCACGGGGACGCCAGGGAGUGCCUCAGGCUGCUCGGCGCGAUGCGGAGCCUCUCGGACGUCGCGCCCAACGAGUUCACGCUAUCGGCGAGCCUCAAGGCGUGCGGCGUCGUCGGGGACAUGGCGGCCGGCGUUUGGAUCCACGGAGCCUGUGUCAGGGCGGGGUUCGAGGGGCACCACGUCGUCGCCAACUCGCUGGUGCUGCUGUACUCCAAGGGCGGGAGGAUCGGCGACGCGCGGCGGGUGUUCGACGGUACUGUAUUCAGGAACCUUGUCACCUGGAACGCCAUGAUCUCCGGCUACGCGCAUGCCGGGCAUGGCAGGGACUCGCUGCUCGUCUUCAGAGAGAUGCAGCAGCGACGGCAAGAGGAGGAGGAUCAUCAGCCCGACGAGUUCACCUUUGCCAGCUUGCUGAAAGCCUGCGGCAGCCUAGGCGCGGCUCGUGAGGGCGCGCAGGUUCACGCGGCCAUGGUAAUCAGAGGCGUCUCCACGGCGUCUAAUGCCAUCCUUGCCGGUGCGCUCCUCGACAUGUACGUCAAAUGCCGGUGCCUGCUGCCCAUGGCGAUGCAGGUGUUCAAUCGGUUGGAGCAGAAGAAUGCCAUCCAGUGGACGACGGUGAUCGUAGGCCACGCGCAGGAGGGGCAGGUGAAGGAAGCAAUGGAGCUGUUCGGGCGGUUCUGGAGCUCCGGCGUCCGAGCCGACGGCCAUGUCCUGUCCAGCGUGGUCGGUGUGUUUGCGGAUUUCGCUCUCGUCGAGCAAGGGAGGCAAGUGCACUGCUACACGGUGAAGACCCCGGCCGGGCUCGACGUGUCAGUGGCCAACUCCCUGAUCGACAUGUACCACAAGUGUGGGCUGACCGACGAGGCGGCGCGGCGGUUCCGGGAGGUGCCGGCGAGGAAUGUUGUCUCAUGGACAGCGAUGAUCAAUGGCCUCGGGAAGCAUGGCCAUGGCCAGGAAGCCAUCCACAUGUUUGAGGAAAUGCGGGCGGAAGGCGUCGAGCCCGACGAGGUGGCCUACCUGGCGCUGCUGUCGGCGUGCAGCCACUCUGGCCUCGUCGAAGAAUGCCGCCGCUACUUUUCGGCGAUCCGCCAUGACCGGCGGCUGAGGCCCAGAGCGGAGCACUACGCCUGCAUGGUCGAUCUCCUCGGCCGCGCCGGAGAGCUCAGCGAGGCCAAGGACCUUGUCGCGACAAUGCCAAUGGCGCCAACCGUGGGCGUGUGGCAGACUCUCCUGAGCGCCUGCAGGGUGCACAAGAACGUCACCGUGGGCAGGGAGGCGGGCGAGACCCUGCUGGCCAUCGACGGUGACAACCCGGUGAACUACGUCAUGCUGUCGAACAUCUUCGCGGAGGCCGGCGAUUGGCGUGAGUGCCAGAGAGUCCGCGGCGCCAUGAGACGCCGGGGCCUGAGGAAGCAGGGCGGGUGCAGCUGGGUGGAGGUUGGCAAGGAGGCCCACUUCUUCUACGGCGGCGGCGACGACUCGCACCCGCGCGCCGCCGACAUCUGCUGCGUGCUGCGCGACGUGGAGAGGACAAUGCGUGAGCGGCUCGGGUACAGCCCAGGGUCAUCCUCCUCGUCGUCGGAGGCGGCAUUGCACGACGUGGACGAGGAGUCGCGCGCCGAGAGCCUGAGGGCGCACAGCGAGAGGCUCGCUGUCGGGCUGUGGCUACUGCUUCACCAUGAUCAUGACCAUGGCGAAGGGAUGGGGGGGACGAAGAGGAAGGAGGUGAUCAGGGUGUACAAGAACCUGAGGGUGUGCGGCGAUUGCCAUGAGUUCUUCAAGGGGCUGUCAAGUGUAGUGGGGAGGGUGCUUGUGGUCAGGGACGCCAAUAGGUUCCACAGAUUCGAGGAUGGCGUGUGCUCCUGUAAGGAUUACUGGUAACUCACUCACUAAUUGAGUUACUGAUUUACAAUGUUUAAGCUGGAAUGGCCUCCAGUUACUAUCUUAACUUUGGAGUCGCAGUUCUUCGAGUAUUGCUGAAGAAUGUAUGAAAGGGGCAUCGUUGGGCUCGAAUUCCUUUCAA